CCAGUGAGGAUCGGGGCCCACGAGGAUGAGGGUGCUUCAUGUGACAGCUUUCACUUACAGACGUGGUGUUUUCAGGCCCCCCUUUCUAAUUCUGAUCACCUCCGGGAGAUGAAGUUGGAGCUCUUGUAUUUGACAUUGGCUCGUACACAGUGAGAGCAGGCUAUGCGGGUGAAGAUUGUCCAAAGGUUGAUUUUCCAACUGCCAUUGGUGUGGUGCUAGAAAGGGAUAAUGGCAGUACUCUGAUGGAGAUAGAUGGUGACAAAGGCAAACAAGGCGGCCCAACUUACUACAUAGACACCAAUGCCCUGAGAGUUCCAAGGGAAAAUAUGGAGGCAAUUUCACCUUUAAAAAAUGGAAUGAUUGAAGACUGGGAUAGUUUCCAGGCAAUUUUGGAUCACACUUACAAGAUGCAUAUUAAAUCUGAAGCAAGCCUGCAUCCUGUCCUUAUGUCCGAAGCACCAUGGAAUACUAGAGCAAAGCGUGAAAAACUGACUGAAUUGAUGUUUGAACACUACAACAUCCCUGCUUUUUUCUUGUGUAAAACUGCUGUUCUAACAGCUUUUGCUAAUGGGAGAUCUACAGGUCUCAUUUUGGAUAGUGGAGCAACACACACCACUGCUAUUCCAGUGCAUGAUGGAUAUGUACUUCAGCAAGGUAUUGUGAAGUCACCACUUGCAGGAGACUUUAUAACUAUGCAAUGCCGAGAAUUGUUUCAGGAAAUGAACAUAGAGAUAAUUCCUCCAUAUAUGAUUGCUUCAAAGGAGGCAGUUCGUGAGGGGUCACCAGCAAAUUGGAAGAGAAAAGAGAAGUUACCCCAGGUCACUAGGUCUUGGCACAACUACAUGUGUAAUUGUGUCAUUCAGGACUUCCAGGCUUCCGUCCUCCAAGUAUCAGAUUCAACCUAUGAUGAACAGGUAGCAGCGCAGAUGCCGACAGUUCAUUAUGAGUUCCCUAAUGGCUAUAACUGUGACUUUGGUGCUGAGCGUCUAAAAAUCCCUGAAGGAUUGUUUGACCCUUCUAAUGUAAAGGGUUUAUCUGGUAACACGAUGUUGGGCGUGAGCCACGUUGUCACAACAAGUGUUGGAAUGUGUGAUAUAGACAUCAGGCCGGGCCUCUAUGGCAGUGUGAUUGUAGCGGGAGGAAACACUCUAAUACAGAGUUUCACAGACAGAUUGAACAGAGAGCUGUCCCAGAAGACUCCACCGAGCAUGCGUCUGAAGUUGAUAGCAAACAACACAACAGUUGAGCGAAGGUUCAGCUCGUGGAUUGGUGGUUCGAUUUUGGCUUCUUUGGGUACUUUUCAACAGAUGUGGAUUUCUAAACAAGAAUAUGAAGAAGGAGGGAAACAGUGUGUAGAAAGAAAAUGUCCUUAAACCUCUUACUGUGAAAACUGCUGCCUGCUCAGUGCUCCUUCUGUUUUAUAGCUUUAGCAUACUCAGGAAUGGGAUGGACUUUUUUUGUAGAAAGUUUAUAUUGGAUUUUUUGCAUAAUUCAAGUUCCAUUUUAACAAACCUUAGAAAUUUUGAGACCUAAUUGGUACUAUCAUAGAAAAAGGAUGUUUACAUCCCUUGUAAAGCAAUAAUUUACAUAACAAGCAUUUUAUAAUUUUGUAUAAAUGUCUAUUUUCUCUAGCAUUUUUUCCUGGGAACAGCUUUACAGGUUAGCUGAUAGAGGCAUAACCUUGCAAAUACCUGUGCAAAUCUAUUAAAAAUCUCUUGUCUACUUUCA